AUUUCUCACACUUCGACGCUAACCGGCGCCCCUGGUGUCAACGCGUACCCGUGAGGACACGGGCGCAGCCUCCAGUCUUUCUUCCAUUCUCUUCUCCCUGAGCAUCAAGAUCUUACAUAAACACAAGCAUACACUGUUGGAGUUCCACGCGGAUUUAUCGGAUCUGCGUUGGACCCCCCCGGCGGCGCCUCCCGCGCCGCCAUGGGCGCGCUCCGCGCACCAGGGAGGGGUGUCCAGCGCCAAUCCAGGAAUUCUGCGCGGACCUCCAAAAGGUUAUGUUUGUGCGAGCACGUGAUUGGAUUUCCUGGCGAGAUUGGUGCAGGCUCGUCCUCCGAGAGGGGCGCGGUCCGCUGCCCGCCUGCUCGCCCUGUGCUUCUUGGCUUCGGCCGCGCCCGCGGUCGCGUGCCCGCUGCUUCUGGGGCGCCGACUCCGCCGGCGCAGGCGCCCGACGGUGGGCGUCAGCCUCAGCUGCCAGCUGGCACUUCAGGACUGUGAGGGGACUCCGUCGUCUGUUUGCAAGAGUCUGGUUGACGCGCUGGAUUGACAGCGCCCCCUGGCGGCUCCAGCUGCGGCGCGCAAGUUUCGACGGUGUCGCGACAGUCAUGACGUCUGGGGGGGCCGAGCUGGAGUGGCUCGUCAGGGCGGCCAGCCGCGCGCGCACGACCAUCGCGUCGUCCUUCAGCGAGAGCGACACCGAGGACCGCCACAUGACGAAUGUCGACGAGCACGCUGCCAUCCAUGUCCGCAGCUUCCUUGAGUCGCUGGUGAGGUUCGUGAUAGAGCAGGUCGACCUCCAGGCGGGAGUGGCCCACCUCCGGGCGAAAGACGCGUCCAGGUCCCGCACUGACCCCCGCAGACGUGGUGCUGUGCCUGGGUUCGGGCGUGCUCCUCGACGGAGGCGGGAGCCUCGUUGCGCUGGGGCUCGACGAUGGCUGCAUUGUCACGGCGACGCGUCGUCUGCGAAGUGGAGCCGCCGACGACGUGAAUGAGUCGGCGACCUCAUCGGCUGUGAGCUCCGUGAUCGUCAAGGCGGUGCCGAAGGAUUUCCGCGGAGGCGGAGGGGAGCCGAGCGGGCCGCCUGCCCAGACACCAGCCCCGCGUGUAAAGGCGUCCCCCUUCUGCGUCGGCGCGUUCCCGAUGACGGGGGAGGUAUCGGCGGACGGGCGCUUCACCAACACGGUCAUGACCCCCGUGGCUAGUCGCAUUGCGGCGCCGGAGCCAAAGGGCGCGGCCGCUGGUGGUGGCGCCGGCGGAGAGACCUCCAGCCUGGAGUUGCCAGGGGCGCCAGGCGGGCCCCGCCCUGGCUGGGGUUUCGGGAGUUCGGCCAGCGUCUCCCCGAACCCUUGGAGCGGUGCUCGUGCGCGUCCGCGGCUUCUUGAAGGACGAGGCCCGGCUAUUGGUACUAUACAGCAUGCGCGACAACAGCCCGGUCGAGGAUCUGCGCGGAAAGAUCGCCGACGACGCUGGCCUGGCGGCCGCAUCGCGGCCACGUCUUCCGGCGGAUCCUGAGAGAGUGGGCAUGCAUGGCUUGUCUUGUCGGGGUCCACUGCGACCCUCAGGCGCUGGCCACAGGUUGCCACGCUGAGGGCCGUGUCGCGGCAGACCCGACAGGGCAUAGAAUUUCCCUCACCAGCACCCCUUAGGCACCCCUGAUGGGGCCACACUCUUCAUAUGUGUUCGUUGUGAGGCCGUCAGUGACUGGGUGGCCAAAGAUUGUAAGGAUGGACCGCAUUCAUCCCAACUUGCCUCGAAUCUCAGCCGCGUGCGCCGUGGGCUGCAUCCAGACCACAAGCGUGGUGGGGUGCACAUGGAACAGCUUGUGCCGCUUGCCGAGUCUCAAUGAGCGCAAGAGCCGUGAG